AUGUGGCGUGCGCGGGAGGACGCGGGGAGCGACGGCGGCAUUUCCCACUUCACCCACUCCCCGGCGGCGUCGCGGCGGCUGUACCUCCUCGCGGCGGCCCUGUCGAUCCCGCCAGACCGGCUGCUGCGCUACACGCGUGAAGUGCGGCGCCGUGGGGUGCAUCAACGCCAUCGACGACAGCCGCAGACGCCGCGCCGCCGCGCAUCGACGGCGCGCACUGAGGCAGGCGCCACGGCAAAGACGGAGAGUCUCGCGCAGGAGUUCCCGCUCCUCCUGCACGGGAUUCUCAGCGCCCUGGUGCUGCCCUUCUCAAACCUGGAGAGCUUCCCCGCGGCGUCCGCAGACGCCGCCGCAGACGCCCCAACGGAGACGACGGAGUCGGUGGCGUCGUUCAUGAGGCAGGGCGGCGGCAAGUCUUUCUCGCGGCAGAAGGGCGGUGGCACCGCGGCGGCCUUGAAGGAGGCGCUCUCCGGGCGUCCGCAGCGCGUCAACAUGCAGGAACACUUUGCGUUGCUCAAAGAAAUGGUCGUCUCCCAGCGCGUGAGAGGGCCCAUCCCAGAAGGCCAGACGACUGCAGCAGGCGCCAGCUCCUCCGGCAGUGGACCCACCAACAACAGCAGCAGCAGCAUGAGCAGCAGCAGUUGCAGCAGUAGUGGCGGCCGCCGCCGCCGAAGCAGUACUAGUAGUAAUAGUUGUUGUUCUUCUGGCGACGAUGAGGAAGCCGCCUCCGUGUCCGCUGGUACGGCGAGAGACGAGGUAAAGGCAGAGGGCGGCGUCGCCGCAGCGAAGAAAGUAUCCAAAUCGUCACUCUCCGCCACCUAUGAGCUGCGUCAGACGCCGACCUCUCGAGAGGAGACGAGCAUUGCGCAGCUCUUAUCAGAGCUUGCGGAACCCCUGCUUGCUGCCAGGGGCCAUGCUAUUGGUAAUGGUACUAGCAGUGGGAGUGGUGGGGGCGAGAGCAACAUUAGUGGUAUGGGGUCCAGUGUGGAGCUUCAGCAAUGCAUGCGGCUUGUUCCGCGGGAACUGCGCACAGCCGCAGGCGUGUCACGUGUGAGUGAGUUAUACCCUCCUUUCAUGCCUAUGCUGCUAGAGGCCUUGUUGAAGGAGAGCGUGAAUGGGAGUCCGUGCGGCCUUGCGGCCAGGCGUGUUGGUGUGCGACUAAUAGAAUUAUCGGCUCCGACGUUUGUGUCAAGGUCCUUUCGGCGCGGGAGCGGCGCCUGCGGAGAAGCCGCAGAUGGUGACGAGAAGGAAAUGUAUCACUCCAUGAUGCUGCGCGCGACGCAGCGCCUUGCGACAACGGCAGUCUCCCUCCUUGAGGUGAUUGAGGACCCUGUGUGGGCGUUGGACCUCAGCGGAUCCCUCAUCGCCAGUCAGCUCGUGCACCCCGACGCGCUCAGGGCUGUGCUGCAUCGCUGUGCACUGGACUUGGCCAAGCUGCCGCCGCUGUGGAAGCCCAUGGUGGCCCUCGCCUAUUGUCUGGUGACGCGGCACAGCUUACACGCCGCCGUGCGGGCGGACGCGGAACCGUGUGCGCUGAGUCGCCCAACAGAGCUGCUGGACGUCUUGAAUGAAACAGACGGCGGCGUUGAUGGCGCGGCGGUGGUUGGGAAUCCGCCGCUGCACUCACACACUUCUGCGGGGAGCUCUUCCCGGGAAGCCGGAGCUUCCCCGCCCCUGCCAGAGCCGCCUGCGCCGGAGCCGGAGCCGCGCCACUGCGACCCACAGCAGCCUUCGCCACGUCGUGGGGCAUCCAUGGCCGCUGAAGCGGGGAGCGGCGCGACUUCCGCCGUGGGACUCUCCACCGCCUUGAUGGGGCGAGCAGCCUCUCUCACCUCGUCCUUCCUGUUUUCCCCGCGGCAGCCAUCCGGUGGUGCCGGCGUUGACGGUGCUUCCCAGUUAAGGUGGCUCUUCCCUGAAAGGGUGCCACCCACAGUGACGAUGUCCAACGCCAUUGUUAUGACUUGCAUGGUCCUCUGUGCCGGGGCGCUGAGCCAGCACGCCGUCGUUGCGCUGGGACAGUGGUGCCUCCGCUCACUCCGGACGCUACCGGCCACGCCAUGUGCCGUGGGACUCACGCAUCUCAUGUUGAAAUACCCUCAGUUUCUGAAAAAGGCCUCCUUGCGGGUCUCUCCGGGGCCCGUAUCGUCAUCCUCCGUCACCGCCGCCGCCGCCGCCGCCGCCGCCGCGGUUGCCAGCAGCACCGCGGGCAUUAGCAGCCACGGUAGCGGGCAGGCGAAGACGCUAUUUUGUGUCGCGGUCUUCAUGGAGGGCUGUCGAUUGGCAAGGACGGUGAUGCUGCGGCAAGCCAACUUCCGCAUGGAUGGUCGUCUGGCGUUGGCGUGGCAACGGGAUACUUCCUCACCCGCGGCGACGGAAGCGGGGCACCCGAGCGGCUUUGCUGAACAGCCCCACGCGCAUGACGAAAACGCCCUCCAGGAGCUACAUGAAUUGCACUGCUACCUUGUCAUGCUGUUGCAGUCCCUCAUCAUGCGGGGCGGGGUGCAGCUGCCGGCGGAUGCCCAGGGAGAGUUGUUUACACUUUUUCUGACGACGGCCCGCUUACGUGUUGCGGUUGCUGCCCCUAAGGGAGGGCCGACAGCGCAUGGAAGUUGCCAGCCCCCCCAACGGGCCCUCUCGCAGGUGGUGCUGCAGCUUGUGGACGAGGCCUUCGGGGCGGUGGCGCGCGCGGUGGAUAUUCUGCUGCACGACUACGACGCCGGAUGCCCACGACAACUCUGUGAGUCUCUUGUGUCGCUGCUGCCGCCGCAGAACACGCUGUUUUCCGAGCUGCAGUGCGUUGGGGCGUGGGAGAAGCACCUGGACUGCCUCGAGACGGUGCAGGCAGCGGCGGAGGCGUAUCGCGAGGCACGCCGCCCCACCGUCUCACGCCCAUCCUCGUCAGGCCGCUCACUGCAGGCGGAGGCGAGCGGCGACGCGGCAGCCGCGGUGUUGUGGUCGUCGGUUGCGGCGCCCAAAAGGCCAGACGCAAUUCGGCGGCCGAUGUCUCUUCUGGAGCUGCAGCGGGAGCUGGAGUUGCGGGCCAACCGGGCGGUGGCGGGCGUGCGCAGCGGCGCGGAGGUGAUGUUUGGCUCGCUGGUGAGUGUGCUGCCCUGCUCCGGCGAGCCGCUCUGCCUCGCCGCCACCGCCGCCCCGGACGGCGGCCUUCCCGCGGCGCAGCAGCUGUGGUGGGUGGAACACACGCUCGUCUACCUGGUGGAGGAGUGGUGGCGCAGCCGCGUGUCGACGCCGGCACAGUUCCGCCUCAACGCCGAGGAGGCAGAGGAAACGAGCAGCGGGGACGUGUUCUGCCGCGAAGCGCAGAAGAGCUUCAUCCAGUGCUGUGCGCAUCCCAUCUAG